AUGACUUCGAAAUCUCGUCUCUGUCGUCCCGGACACUCUCAGCUCUGUCGUUUUCACCUUUUGCUACUUGAACCCCGUCUCGUCACUAAGAACAAUUAUUAUUUUUGUAUUUCACGCAAUCUAACCCCCCUUCAGUACAGGCACAGUAUCCGAUGCUCUUGGCUAGUAUUUUCAAGUCUGAGCCGUCUUUCAACGACGCUGGCUUUGCGCGUACUGGACAUGAACAGCUGA